AUGGGUGUUGGAGUUGGAGAGACUGCGGAGCCUCUCAUCCACCUGGGCUGGAAGGGCGAUGUCGUCCUCUCCACACAAGAGUUACCAAUCUUCGCUAUGUUGUGUAUCGUAAUGAUCGUUGGCGUCAUCACGAUCAUCCUUUUGGUUUAUACCGGAUUCAUCUGUCGAAGAAAAAGACCUGUUCCCCGAGUUCUGACGUCCGUACCUCACAUUGAGGAAGUCCUGCUGUUUGUGCCCCAAAUCGCAUCCUUGUCUUCGUUCUUGGAGAAAGCACCAGUGCACUGUCCAGAUGAAGAAGUGUACUUUCACACACCAAUCAGUGGGAUUGCAGAGAACUCUUCUGAAAACAGGAACAGUAAUUACAAAACGUGUCGGACUUCCAAACUUCUCUGUGCUUCCUCGUCUUCGUUUGAACAGCUGCCUGGCAGCUCUAUGGACUCAAAUUCUGGAACUUUCCCGUUAGGAUUUUCUAGCCCUCAGGCUCAAGUGUGGGUUUUGGACGACACGUCUUCAAACGCAACAUCACAACACUCCACAGCAAACAGAGACUUGAUUUCGGACUUUGUGUUGGACUUAGACCACAGUCUCCUUGCAGACCAAGAGACGCUAGAGUCAAUGGAACUGGAGAAUGGAGGCUUUGAAGAGACGGACAACCACAAUGUUAACCUCCUCACGUUAGUUUUGGGCAGGAAUGUAGAGGAAAAUGAGGAGAAAAGCCUUUUGGACCAAUCAGAUGUCGAGAGCUUUGUCCAGAAAGAGUAUGACACCUUGCCAGUGGCGGCCAGCGAGGAUCCCUUGGAAACAAUUCCCGGGUCUGUUGAUGAUGAAGAUGAACAGUCUGUUUACAUGAGACAUCCAGUUCCAUCUUUCUUGUAGAAUUUGUCUCCCUUUUUUCAUCAGCCGAUGAGAUGACUUGUAUAGUUGGUAGCUAGAGUCCUGAAACCGGUGGGUAUUUUUUGUCCAACACACUAAUUUUCUUUGCCAUCUUUAUAAGAUGUUUUUUUAUAAAAACGUUGUUACACAAUAAUCGCGUUACUAAAACAGUGUUUCCCAUAAACUGCCAAGAUACCUGUGGCGGUGGGGGCGUGGUUAUGGGCGUGGUCACCAUGACAACAUCGAGUAAUUUGCAUAAUUUACUACAAUGAUUUGAUUUUCUCUAAAAAGGCUAAAAAAAUGUAUACUUACUAAUUAAUAAUAACAGUUUUGUUUUAAACGUCCAUCCAUCCAUCCAUCCAUCCAUUUUAUGUACAUAUGUAUAUACAGAUUUGAACAAUAAGUUAUUCACUGAAAUAUAUUUAUUAAUUGUGGUUCUUACAAAAAAGAUAUCUUAUAAAAUAUAAAAGCUAAAAUGUCUCAAAGCUCUGCCCCUUUAAUUAAUGCAUACUAACUAAUUUAACUUUAGCCUACUACUACAACCAUAUUAUUUACCAGCAACAUAAAGUGAAACAGAGGCAGAGGUGUCCUGCCACAGUCAGUAACAAAUAAACAGAAAAAAGUAGUGGUGGUAGAUAGACACAGAGCUUCAUCAAACAUCUGAUCCACUGAACAAAGAGCUUUCAAAAUCUUGAACUUUAGACUGCCAUCAGUUUUACUCCCUACACUUAACCAUGUGUUUCCUACUGCCUGCAGACUUUGCUCCCUUUGUUAUAUACACAUGUUGUGUUUCUAAUAUAAAUACAUUUAAUAAAGUCAAAUACAAAUAAGGCAACAAGAGAAGUAUCCUACACU